AUGUCUUCUUCUUUUCCUUUGUCCAAUAAUUAUCCUUCCCAAAGACGCCUAUCUCCUCAUCCUUCACCGUCUCAUCCCGCCACCCUAUCAAUUAAAAGCGUACUCGUCCCCAAUUCCGCGAACCCUGACUUCUCCAAUCCCUCGUCAGCAUCAUCCGCUACCACUAGCUUUAAGAUAGAUUGGUCGUCUGAUGGUGCUAACCACCAUACUUCUUCCAACUCUACCGGCCGUCACCACGAGGAUAUAGAGAUGGAUCCCGUAGCUCCUCAAGGCCAUCGUCGCCGCCGAAGUACCCUAAACGCCAACCCUAACAUUCCUCAGCCCUCCAAUCCGCGAACUCCACGCCCACGCUCUACCAGCGUUAAGAGUCCAGGGGAUCUAGAAGGCAAAAUAUCCGAAGAGGAUCAACGUCGGGACGCGUCAAGGUCGGACAGCAGGGAAGACGACAGCUUAUCUGAAGAAGACUUGCAUGAUGACGAGGAGACAGGUCUUACAAAGAAGGAUAGGAGGAGGAAACAAGCUAAGCGACGGCGCAAUACGAGAUUAGACCAGAGGAUCGCACGGGACAAGAUCACGGAUGAGGAGCGAAAAGAGGCAGAUCAGGAUGUGUUUAAGAAGUUGGCUAUCAACGCUAUUUUAAUUGGGCUUUGGUAUCUAUUUUCGCUUUCGAUCUCUUUAUACAACAAAUGGAUGUUUGAUUCGGGCCAGCUUAAUUUUGCUUUCCCAUUAUUUACCACAGCUACGCAUAUGCUCGUGCAGUUUUCUCUUGCGAGUUUAGUAUUAUAUUUCAUACCUUCAUUACGACCUCAUAACGGCCAACAUAAUUCCGACCUGGGCCGAUCGAGACACGAGUCCGAACCUGAGAGGCCUAUUAUGACCAAAUUAUUCUAUUUGACGAGAAUAGGACCGUGCGGCGCGGCGACCGGUUUAGAUAUUGGACUUGGAAACACGUCCCUAAAAUUCAUAACCCUUACAUUUUACACUAUGUGUAAAUCUUCUUCCCUAGCAUUCGUAUUACUUUUCGCCUUCGCUUUCCGCCUCGAAACCCCUACUUGGAAGUUAGUUAGCAUCAUCGCAACCAUGACAGCCGGUGUGGUAAUGAUGGUGGCAGGAGAGGUUGAAUUCCAACUUGGGGGCUUCAUUCUCGUAAUAUCUGCUGCCUUCUUCUCUGGCUUCCGUUGGGGUCUGACGCAGAUCCUUUUACUCCGAAACCCCGCCACGUCAAACCCGUUCUCCAGCAUCUUUUUCCUUGCGCCAGUCAUGUUCCUCACAUUGAUUGUAAUCGCCGUACCGGUGGAAGGUUUCUUCGAACUGAUAGAGGGGCUAAAGGUGCUAGCCAAUGAAUGGGGCCCUCUCAGGACCCCCCUUAUCCUCCUCUUCCCGGGAACGAUCGCUUUCUUGAUGACCGCUAGCGAAUUUGCUCUGCUGCAGCGAAGCAGCGUCGUCACGCUUUCCAUUGCCGGUAUCUUUAAAGAAGUUGUCACUAUUUCGGCGGCAGCAUUGGUUUUCGACGAUAAACUUACGCCCAUUAACAUCUCAGGUCUUGUUGUUACUAUUUGUGCUAUUGGCGCAUAUAAUUGGAUCAAGUUGUCAAAGAUGCGCAACGAUGCGCGUAUGGAAGCACACAAUCGCGGUUACCAGCAGGCACAAUCGGGUUCGUCGAGCGAGUUUGAGCGCGGAAGCGAUUCCGACGAGGAAGAGACAGGACUUCUAGCUCACGAAGACGCGAGCGGUAUCGAGGACAAUCUGCUGCCAGCCGACAGUGAUGUGAUCUCGAAAGCAGGACCCUCCAAUUCGACGGAGCCUCACCGUACAGAACGCACCCGGGAAAAUUGA